ACGAGACUCCUCCCCCUAAGCGUGUUGGCGGGAGAGUAGUCAGGGAAGCGAGGGGGUGAGGAAUGUCAAGAUGGAAAACAAGCGGAAGGCUUCGGUGGGAGGCUCCGACAUGGGGGAACCUACUUUGUCUCAACGGAAAAGGUCACGAGGAGGGGACUGGGAGGAUGAUGGCCCUUCACAGUUUGAAGAGGAGCUGGCUUACCUGGAUGAAGUGGAGGCUGAGGCACUGGAGAUGAAAGAAGCGCAGCUAUCGCACGAUGCUAUCCCAUUUAGUAAUCUCUUUCCUUCAGUGAGGAAUUCCAAGUGGCAGAGGCCACUGCCUGCCAAAAUAGACCCCAAAGAAGAGUCCCUCUGUUUCCAGCAAGUGGAACUGGAUUAUUAUGUGGGUUCUCACAUCCCUGGAUUUCCAGGAUCCACCCAGGGUCCAGUUCCUGUGUUGCGUAUGUUUGGCGUCACUCUAGCUGGCAAUAGUAUUUGCUGCCACAUCCAUGGUUUUGCCCCUUAUUUCUAUGUGCCUGCACCUGCCGGGUUCCAAGCAGAGCACCUGGCUGACUUUCAGAGGGAACUGAAUUCAGCUGUCAUCCGGGAUAUGAGAUCCAACAAGGAUGGUCUAAACCAAGUGGUUCUUGCAGUGGAGCUUUGCAACAAGCAAAGUAUGUAUGGCUACCAUGGGCAACAUCUCAUUCCAUUCCUGAAAAUUACUAUGGCAAUGCCUCGACUAAUUGCCCCAGCCAAAAGGUUGCUAGAACAGGGGUUGCGGUGUGGAAAUUUGGGAGUGCACCACUAUCAAGCCUAUGAGUCCAAUAUUGAUUUUGAAAUCAGGUUUAUGGUGGAUCGGGAUGUUGUUGGCUGCAACUGGAUUGAAUUGCCUGCUGGAAAAUAUCACCUGAGGCAGGAACAGCCUGUUGGAGAAUCCAGCAAGGAGAAUCCACCCAAGACGUCUCUCUGUCAGCUGGAGGCUGAUGUGGCCUGGAUGGAUUUUAUUAGCCACCCGCCCGAGGGAGAGUGGCAGCGCAUCGCCCCCUUACGUGUGCUCAGUUUUGAUAUUGAAUGUGCCGGACGCAAAGGCAUUUUUCCUGAACCAGAGAAGGACCCAGUCAUCCAGAUUGCCAACAUGGUCCUACGCCAGGGGGAGAAGGACCCUUUUGUACGCAAUGUCUUCACCUUGCAGAGCUGUGCCCCGAUUGUUGGUUCUCAGGUGCUCUGCUUCCAAAAGGAGGCUGAUCUGCUCAAGGCCUGGGCUGAAUUCAUGCGAGCUGUUGACCCUGAUAUCAUCACGGGCUAUAACAUCCAGAACUUUGACCUUCCCUAUCUCAUCACACGUGCACAAACUCUCAAAGUUCAUACAUUUCCCAUCCUGGGCCGCAUUCCUGCCCGCAAGUCUGUCAUACGUGAUUCUUCCUUCCAGUCCAAGCAGAUGGGUCGGCGGGAGAAUAAAGUCAUUAACAUGGAAGGCAGAGCCCAGUUUGAUUUACUUCAAGUCCUGCUCAGGGAUUACAAAUUGCGGUCCUACACAUUAAAUGCUGUCAGUUAUCACUUCCUGCAGGAGCAGAAAGAAGAUGUGCAGCACUCAAUUAUCACAGACCUUCAGAAUGGCACUGACCAGUCACGGCGGCGCCUGGCUGUGUACUGCCUGAAGGAUGCCUAUCUUCCCCUGCGGCUUCUGGAGAAGCUCAUGUGUGUCAUCAAUUAUAUGGAGAUGGCGAGAGUCACUGGUGUCCCUCUUGGCUACCUCCUUGCACGGGGGCAGCAAAUCAAGGUGGUCUCCCAGUUGCUGCGGCAGGCCAUGAAGCAGAAUCUGGUGAUGCCAGUGGUGAAGUCAGAGGGCGGGGAAGACUACGCUGGCGCUACUGUCAUUGAGCCGCAAAAGGGUUAUUAUGAUGUGCCCAUAGCUACCUUGGACUUCUCCUCCCUGUACCCUUCCAUUAUGAUGGCUCACAACCUGUGCUAUACCACACUGUUACAAAAGGGGGCAGUUGAGCACUAUGGGCUUUCAGCAGAGCAGUUCAUUCGCACCCCCACUGGGGACCAUUUUGUGAAGGCCUCAGUUCGCAAAGGUCUGCUGCCCGAGAUCUUGGAGAAUUUGCUGGCUGCCCGCAAGAGGGCCAAGGAGGAGCUGAAACGGGAGACAGAUCCAUUCAAGCGCCAGGUGCUGGAUGGACGGCAGCUGGCCCUAAAGGUCAGCGCUAACUCUGUGUAUGGCUUCACUGGUGCCCAAGUGGGCAAGCUGCCUUGCCUUGAAAUCUCUCAGAGUGUGACUGGAUUUGGACGUCAAAUGAUUGAGAAGACCAAGCAGCUGGUGGAGUCCAAGUAUACCAUUGCUAAUGGCUACGGUGCUGAUGCAAAGGUAGUCUAUGGGGACACAGACUCCGUCAUGUGCCGCCUGGGUGUGCCGUCAGUUGCAGAGGCCAUGGAAGUAGGCAGGGAAGCAGCCACCUGGGUCUCCAGCCACUUCACUCCCCCCAUCAAAUUGGAGUUUGAAAAGGUUUACUUCCCCUACCUGUUGAUUAACAAGAAGCGCUAUGCUGGCCUGUACUUCUCCUCCAACCCUGACACGCACGACAAGAUGGACUGUAAGGGCAUUGAGACGGUGCGCCGAGACAACUGUCCCCUCGUGGCAAACCUCAUCAACACUUGCCUGCAGAAGCUGCUCAUAGACAGGGACCCUACAGGCGCCGUGGCCCACGCUAAAGAGGUGAUCUCGGAUCUGCUGUGCAACAGAGUUGACAUCUCGCAGCUUGUAAUCACCAAGGAACUGACACGCACCGCAGAUGAAUAUGCAGGGCGCCAGGCUCAUGUGGAGUUGGCCGAGCGGAUGCGGCGGCGGGACCCUGGCAGUGCCCCGAACCUGGGAGACCGAGUGCCGUAUGUCAUUAUUAGUGCAGCCAAAGGCGUUGCUGCUUAUAUGAAAUCUGAAGAUCCUAUCUACGUUUUGGAGAAUAACCUGCCCAUUGACACCCAGUACUACUUGGAGCAACAACUUGCCAAGCCCCUGCUGCGCAUUUUCGAACCCAUCCUGGGGGAGGGCAAGGCCCAGAAUGACUUGCUAAAGGGAGAGCACACCCGCUGCAAAACCGUACUGACAGCCAAGGUCGGAGGCCUCAUGGCUUUCGCCACCAAGCGAAGCACCUGCAUCGGUUGCCGGGCCGUGCUCAGCCACCAUGGUGCUGUGUGCAAAUUCUGCCUGGGCCGCCAGUCUGAGCUCUACCAGAAGGAGGUGACCCACCUGAGCUCGCUGGAGGAGAAGUUCUCGCGCUUGUGGACCCAGUGUCAGCGGUGCCAAGGGAGCUUGCACGAAGAUGUGCUCUGCACCAGCCGUGAUUGCCCCAUCUUUUACAUGCGGAAGAAAGUGCAGAAGGACCUUGAUGAUCAAGAAGCCCUAAUCUCCCGCUUUGGCCCCCCUACAUGGUGAUGUCAGCUUAUUUUUUCCUCAGCCUGAAACCCACCACCACCUCCAUCCUGCCUCUCUUUUAAGUAUGGGGGCAGGAAAGGCAGUGAGGCAGGAAAAGAUGCAAGAAAAAGUGUCUCUGUACUUUUGGUGUUGAUUCAUUUCCGAGAGGAGGGGACAGGACUCUGAAUAUUGCAAGGAAGAUGUUCUAUUUUUCCUGCAGGCCUCCUCCUGGGGGCUGUGUUUUUGUAAUACGAAUUUUUACCAAUAAAGAUACCUUACUUUUUCCUA